AUGCAAGAAGAAUGUAUGGAAGAAUUAAAUGCUGUAAUGAAUUGUUCAUUCAGUGCGGUAAGAAAAAAGCAAAUUAGUAUUCAUCGAGGUGAAAAGGUGAAAAUUUUAAGCAUUGAUAAGAAAGGAUAUGCAAAAGUUGUGAAAAAUGAUGGCACGAAAGGUUAUAUUCCAACCUAUUUUUUGGAUUUGAAUACAGUACCAGGUGAUAAUUUUGCUCAACAAAUAAGAUAUCGUCGUAAAUGGUAUCAUUUAGUGGACUCUGGUCAAGCAAUUAUUUUCAACAAUAAUCCAUCGAAUUUAUUAAAUAAUAUUUCAUAUCUAACUGAUUUACUAUCAUUUCUACCUGUAAAAAAAGAAUCAUUUUCAUUGGUAUUUUCAUCUUCUUCAGAUAAACAACCAAUUUGUAUUGAACCGUUACAAGAUCUGAAAAUAAAAUUGGGUGAAAAAAUAAUUUUAAUGUGUAAAUUUUUCUCGGAGGAAUCAUAUACAAUUACCUGGCGUGGUCCGGUAAUUACAGCUAAACGUCAAUAUGAAAUUACCACAAAAGAAGAAGAAGGCUAUUCAAUGUUAACAGUUGAAAAAUGUGUUGAAGAAGAUAGUGGACAAUAUUGGGUUCAAGCUGAAAAUAUCUUUGGUAAAUGUCAUACCGUUGCUUGGAUUACAAUAAUUGUACCACCUGGUUUAACCUAUAUCACAACAUGUAAAGCAAUUAAUCGAAAUAGUGUAUUGUUACAAUGGAAAAAUGCACGAAAGGGUGUGAUAAAUUACAAGGUAGCAAUGGAAGGUAUCAUUGGUACAUCAACGGUUAUCACAGAUCUCAAAUCUAUUUCUUAUUCUUUUCGUAUUUACGCAUUUAAUGAAUAUUUCAAGGGUAAACCUGGACCAAUAGCUAAUGUUGACUUAAGCAUGGCUCUUUCAUUAUCAUCGAUUAUUUCCAUUGAUGAUAUCAAUGCUAAGACGAAAUAUAUUGAUGAAGCAACAUAUGCGGAAAUUUAUACCAAUUCACGGGUUGUAUACAAAGGAAGAUUUGCUGUGGUGAAAGAAAUAAUACGUAAAAAUGAUAAGAAACAAUAUGCAGCAAAAUGUUUCAUGCGUCAAUUUACACAAUCGACAACUGAAUGGGAAAAUAUUGAACGUGAAGUAAAUAUUAUGCGUUGUGUACGACAUCGUAAUAUUGUUAUUUGUCGUAGUGUUGUUAAAAUGAACAAUCAGCUAAUCAUAAUUAUGCAAUGGUUAAAUGGUCCACAUCUAUUAGACUAUAUAAUACGUUUGGGAUAUAUUUCUGAAGUAUUAAUUCAACGAUUUUGCAAAGAUCUUCUAUUAGCAUUGGAAUAUCUUCAUUCCUUUAAAAUUGCUCAUCUUGCUAUUCAGCCGGAGAAUUUAUUAACGCAUAUUAGUAAUGCUGUACGACUUGUACUAAUUGAUUUUGGUUCAAGUCGAUGUGAUGAAGAGAUAGCCGUUUGGAAUUGUGUUACAAUUGAUUUUGCUUCACCGGAACAAAUUUCUCAUAGUAAAAUUACAACAAAAUCGGAUAUGUGGAGUUUUGGAAUUAUCUUAUAUACAUUAACAACUGGUACAACACCAUUUGACGAUGAAUAUUAUGAAGUGAUACGAUUAAAAAUCCUUUCUAACAUUUCAACAAUUGAUGAGAUAACAAAUUAUCAAAUCCAUUCAGAUGCAAUUAUUAUGAUACUGAAAUCUGUAAUUAUCGAUGAUGCCAGUGCUCGAUUAUCAGCAACAGAAUGUCUGAAAAGCAAAUGGAUGCAAAAUCACGGAAGUGAAGAACUCUUUCUCGUAGAUUAUUUAGAAGAUUACAACGAACGACGUAAGAAGCAACUUCAACGGAUUGCUGGUGAUUAA